UGGUCGUAGUUACACAGUUUUAUUCACGUGUUUACGCUUAUUCGAUUUGUAUUUCUAACCUUUCUUUAAAGUUAUCUCUUUUGAUGGAAUUCUAAACGUGAAGUUACAAGAAUGGAAGGCACAGAAAUUGUAGAAGAUGAGGGCAUUUUAAGACCUAUGAAGUGUGAACUUAAUCAUCUUACAAUGCCGGACGGCUCGGCAAUGUUUAUGCAAGGUGAUACUGCUGUAGUAGCUGGAAUUUAUGGACCCGUGGAAGCAAGAGUACAAAAAAUGAUGUACGAUAAAGCUAGUAUUGAAGUAGUAUAUACCCCCAUUAAAGGACCACCGUGUGUCGAUGAUAGGAUGAGAGAACAGAUUAUUAAAGAGACUUGUGAAGCUGCAUUGAUUGCAACUUUGCAUCCUGGUACUGCCAUUUGCAUUAAUGUUCAGGAAUUACAAGAUUCUGGCGGGUUACUGGCAUGCACUGUAAAUGCUGCAUGUUUAGCUCUUAUUAACUCUGGUCUGUCAAUGAAAUUUAUGAUAGGAGCUGUAAAUUGUAUGAUUGAAAAGGACUCGCAAAAACUAAUACUUGAUCCAGAUACAACACAGAUACAGGAGGCGAAAGCAACAUUUACUUUCAUCUUUGACAGUAGUAAGAAAGAUCUUGUAUCUUGUCAAACCACUGGCCGCUUUACAGAAAAAGAAUUUUUGUAUUCAUUUGAUAAAUGUAAAGAAGCAAGUCAAUGUGUUUUCCAAUUUUUCAGAAGUAUUGUCACGAAAUAUGCUACGCGAAUUUAAUUAAGAAAUAUAAGAUUUUUUAUUACAAA